CCUGGCCAAUGGAGAACCUCGGGAGGGCUCUGCCCCUUCCCCCCGCCCCCGCCCGCCUCUGCUCCCGCAGCGCGAGUGUGUCCGCCUCGCUCACUGUGCGUGGAGAUUAGGUCCCAGGCAGGCAGUCCGCGAGCUCCAGCAGCCGGCCGCCGCCACCGCCGCCAGCAGCAGCUACCGCGAGCAGCGCCGCGGCGGAACCGGGCGCAGGGGAGCGAGCCCGGCCCCGCCAGCCCAGCCCAGUCCGGCCCGACUCCCUCCCCACGCCGGGGCAGGAGCAGCAGCCGCCACCGCCGCCCCGAGAGAAGGUGGAGGAAGAAAUCCAGCUUGUAGCACGCGCGCACCAUCAUGGACCAUUAUGAUUCCCAGCAAACCAACGACUACAUGCAGCCCGAAGAGGACUGGGAUCGAGACCUGCUCCUGGACCCGGCCUGGGAGAAGCAGCAGAGAAAGACGUUCACGGCAUGGUGCAACUCCCACCUUCGCAAGGCGGGGACGCAGAUCGAGAACAUCGAGGAGGACUUCCGGGACGGACUAAAGCUCAUGCUGCUGCUGGAGGUCAUCUCAGGGGAGCGCUUGGCCAAGCCGGAGAGAGGCAAAAUGAGAGUGCACAAGAUCUCCAACGUCAACAAGGCCCUGGAUUUCAUCGCCAGCAAGGGAGUCAAGCUCGUGUCCAUUGGAGCCGAAGAAAUCGUGGAUGGGAACGUGAAAAUGACCCUGGGCAUGAUCUGGACCAUCAUCCUCCGCUUCGCCAUCCAGGACAUCUCUGUGGAAGAGACUUCCGCGAAGGAGGGGCUGCUCUUGUGGUGUCAGAGAAAGACGGCCCCUUACAAAAACGUCAACAUUCAGAACUUCCACAUAAGCUGGAAGGACGGCCUCGGCUUCUGUGCCUUGAUCCACCGACACCGGCCUGAGCUGAUUGACUAUGGGAAGCUGCGGAAGGAUGACCCACUCACAAAUCUGAACACAGCCUUUGAUGUGGCAGAGAAGUACCUAGACAUCCCCAAGAUGCUGGAUGCUGAAGACAUCGUCGGAACCGCCCGACCGGAUGAGAAAGCCAUCAUGACUUACGUGUCCAGCUUCUACCAUGCCUUCUCCGGAGCCCAGAAGGCGGAGACAGCAGCCAAUCGCAUCUGCAAGGUGUUGGCCGUCAACCAGGAGAACGAGCAGCUUAUGGAAGACUAUGAGAAGCUGGCCAGCGAUCUGCUGGAGUGGAUCCGCCGCACCAUCCCGUGGCUGGAGAACCGGGCGCCGGAGAACACCAUGCACGCCAUGCAGCAGAAGCUGGAGGACUUCCGGGACUACCGGCGUCUGCACAAGCCACCCAAGGUGCAGGAGAAGUGCCAGCUGGAGAUCAACUUCAACACACUGCAGACCAAGCUGCGUCUCAGCAACCGGCCCGCCUUCAUGCCCUCCGAGGGCAGGAUGGUCUCGGACAUCAACAAUGCCUGGGGCUGCCUAGAGCAGGCAGAGAAGGGCUAUGAGGAGUGGCUGCUGAACGAGAUCCGGAGGCUGGAGCGGCUCGACCACCUGGCAGAGAAAUUCCGGCAGAAAGCCUCCAUCCACGAGGCCUGGACGGACGGCAAAGAGGCUAUGCUACGGCAGAAGGAUUACGAGACCGCCACUCUCUCGGAGAUCAAGGCCCUGCUCAAGAAGCAUGAGGCCUUUGAGAGUGAUCUCGCCGCCCACCAGGACCGCGUGGAGCAAAUUGCCGCCAUCGCGCAGGAACUCAAUGAGCUGGACUAUUACGACUCACCCAGUGUCAACGCCCGGUGCCAAAAGAUCUGUGACCAGUGGGACAAUCUGGGAGCCCUAACCCAGAAGCGGAGGGAAGCUCUGGAGCGGACAGAGAAACUGCUGGAGACCAUUGACCAGCUGUACCUGGAGUAUGCCAAGCGGGCUGCACCCUUCAACAACUGGAUGGAGGGGGCCAUGGAGGAUCUGCAGGACACCUUCAUCGUGCACACCAUCGAGGAGAUCCAGGGACUGACCACAGCCCAUGAGCAGUUCAAGGCCACCCUCCCUGAUGCCGACAAGGAACGCCUGGCCAUCCUGGGUAUCCACAACGAGGUGUCCAAGAUUGUCCAGACCUACCACGUCAACAUGGCGGGCACCAACCCCUACACAACCAUCACUCCUCAGGAGAUCAAUAGCAAGUGGGACCACGUGCGGCAGUUGGUGCCACGGAGGGACCAGGCCCUGACGGAGGAGCAUGCCCGCCAGCAGCACAAUGAGAGGCUACGCAAGCAGUUCGCAGCCCAGGCCAAUGUCAUCGGGCCCUGGAUUCAGACCAAGAUGGAGGAGAUUGGGCGGAUCUCCAUUGAGAUGCACGGGACCCUGGAGGACCAGCUCAGCCACCUGCGGCAGUAUGAGAAGAGCAUCGUCAACUACAAGCCCAAGAUCGACCAGCUGGAGGGCGACCACCAGCUCAUCCAGGAGGCUCUCAUCUUCGACAACAAGCACACUAACUACACCAUGGAGCACAUCCGUGUGGGCUGGGAGCAGCUCCUCACCACCAUCGCCAGGACCAUCAAUGAGGUGGAGAAUCAGAUCCUGACCCGAGAUGCCAAAGGCAUCAGCCAGGAGCAGAUGAACGAGUUCCGAGCUUCCUUCAACCACUUUGACCGGGAUCACUCCGGCACGCUGGGUCCCGAGGAGUUCAAAGCCUGCCUCAUCAGCUUGGGUUAUGAUAUUGGCAACGACCCCCAGAAGAAGACAGGCAUGAUGGACACGGAUGAUUUCCGCGCCUGCCUUAUCUCCAUGGGUUACAACAUGGGAGAGGCAGAAUUUGCCCGCAUCAUGAGCAUUGUGGACCCCAACCGCCUGGGGGUAGUGACGUUCCAGGCCUUCAUCGACUUUAUGUCUCGGGAGACGGCCGACACGGACACAGCAGACCAAGUCAUGGCCUCCUUCAAGAUCCUGGCUGGGGACAAGAACUACAUCACCGUGGACGAGCUGCGCCGAGAGCUGCCGCCGGAUCAGGCGGAGUACUGCAUCGCCCGGAUGGCCCCCUACACCGGCCCCGACGCCGUGCCCGGUGCUCUGGACUACAUGUCCUUCUCCACGGCGCUGUACGGCGAGAGCGACCUCUAA